AUGGCGAAAUGGAAACUUUACCCCGUAAUUAUAAAGAAAUCCGUUGCGAAUAAAUUGAGAAAGUUAAAACCCAACAAAGCACCUGGUCCAAGCGAUGCGAAUGUUAAAAUCCUAAAAAUAUUCACAGAAUAUUUUGCAAUACCCCUAACCAAUAUCUUUAACAAAUCCUUUAAGGUUACUCCACAUGAUGAAAUUAUGGACGCGCAAUAUGGCGGACAAUCAGGAUCAUCUGCGGUCCUGGUGCUUAUUUAUCUGGUUCACAAAUGGCACAUGGUCUUAGACACUCCAGGCUUUGUAAUCAGGAUAUUGUUUUUAGAUUUCCGCAAAGUCUAUGAUCCUAUUGAUGGAAAAUUGUUGUAA